AUGACUACAAUCCGUCGAAGUCCUGGUCGUGGUGAUGAAUAUGAUGGUCUUGAUGAUAAUGCCUUUCGUCAACUUAUGGCGACUGAAGCCCCAAUACGACAAGUAACAUAUGAUCGUUUAACGGUCGCAUUUCACGCUUGGGAGACAGCCCUACAAAACGAUUGGACAGCUUUAUUACAGAUAAAUCAAGCAACUGCUCCAUCUCUUGAUAGCGUCCGUCCUGCUAUAGCUAAUAUUUUAUGGAAUGCUUAUGCUGAGGCUUAUCUUACGCUUCAUGGUGUUCGACCACCACUACUAGAAGCUCGACCACCAACUCGAGCACAACUUCGGCGUCAAGCACAACGUCGACGUGAAAGACAAGCUGCUCGUGUUCGUGGUGGCGCCCCUCCACCUAGCGAUGAUAGUAGUGGUGGUGGUGAUGAUGGCGCCCUUCUACCUAGCGAUGGUGGUGGUGGUGGUGGUGAUGCUGGUGAAGAUGGUAUUGAUUAA